AUGCUGCGCCUGGGGCUGUGCGCCGCCGCCCUGCUGUGUGUGUGCCGGCCCGGUGCCGUGCGCGCCGACUGCUGGCUCAUUGAGGGCGACAAGGGGUACGUGUGGCUGGCCAUCUGCAGCCAGAACCAGCCGCCCUAUGAGACCAUCCCGCAGCACAUCAACAGCACCGUGCACGACCUGCGGCUCAACGAGAACAAGCUCAAGGCUGUGCUCUACUCCUCGCUCAACCGCUUCGGGAACCUCACCGACCUCAACCUCACCAAGAACGAGAUCUCUUACAUCGAGGACGGCGCCUUCCUGGGCCAGUCGAGCCUGCAGGUGCUGCAGCUGGGCUACAACAAGCUCAGCAACCUGACCGAGGGCAUGCUGCGCGGCAUGGGCCGCCUGCAGUUCCUCUUCGUGCAGCACAACCUCAUCGAGGUGGUGACGCCCGCCGCCUUCUCCGAGUGCCCGAGCCUCAUCAGCAUCGACCUGUCCUCCAACCGCCUCAGCCGCCUGGAUGGCGCCACCUUCGCCAGCCUGGCCAGCCUCAUGGUGUGCGAGCUGGCCGGCAACCCCUUCAACUGUGAGUGCGACCUCUUCGGCUUCCUGGCCUGGCUGGUGGUCUUCAACAACGUCACCAAGAACUACGACCGCCUGCAGUGCGAGUCCCCGCGCGAGUUCGCCGGCUACCCGCUGCUGGUGCCCCGGCCCUACCACAGCCUCAAUGCCAUCACCGUGCUCCAGGCCAAGUGCCGCAACGGCUCGCUGCCCGCCCGGCCCGCCAGCCACCCCACGCCCUACUCCACCGACGCCCAGCGGGAGCCCGAUGAGAACUCGGGCUUCAACCCCGACGAGAUCCUCUCGGUGGAGCCGCCGGCCUCGUCCACCACGGAUGCGUCGGCGGGGCCCGCCAUCAAGCUGCACCACGUCACCUUCACCUCGGCCACCCUGGUGGUCAUCAUCCCGCACCCCUACAGCAAGAUGUACGUCCUGGUCCAGUACAACAACAGCUACUUCUCCGACGUCAUGACGCUCAAGAACAAGAAGGAGAUCGUCACACUGGACAAGCUGCGGGCGCACACCGAGUACACCUUCUGUGUGACCUCGCUGCGCAACAGCCGCCGCUUCAACCACACCUGCCUGACCUUCACCACGCGGGACCCCGUCCCCGGCGACCUGGCGCCCAGCACCUCCACCACCACCCACUACAUCAUGACCAUCCUGGGCUGCCUCUUCGGCAUGGUCGUCGUGCUGGGCGCGGUCUACUACUGCUUGCGAAAGCGGCGCGUGCAGGAGGAGAAGCAGAAGUCGGUCAAGGUCAAGAAAACCAUUCUGGAGAUGCGCUAUGGGGCGGACGUGGAUGCCGGCUCUGUGGUCCACGCGGCCCAGAAGCUGGGCGAACCCCCCGUGCUGCCCGUGUCCUGCAUGUCCUCCAUCCCCUCCAUGAUCGGGGAGAAGCUGCCCACCUCCAAGGGGCUGGAGGCCGGGCUGGACACACCCAAGGUGGCCACCAAGGGCAACUAUAUCGAGGUGCGCACGGGCGCGGGCGGGGAUGGCCUGGCCCGGCCGGAGGAUGACCUCCCGGACCUGGAGAACGGCCAGGGCUCGGCCGCUGAGAUCUCCACCAUCGCCAAGGAGGUGGACAAGGUCAACCAGAUCAUUAACAAUUGCAUCGAUGCCCUCAAGCUGGACUCGGCCUCCUUCCUUGGGGGGGGUGGCGGCGGCGGGGACCCCGAGUUGGCCUUCGAGUGCCAGUCCCUCCCCGCGGCCGCCGCCGCCUCCUCAGCCGCCGCCCCGGGGGCGCUGGAGCGCCCCAGCUUCCUCUCACCCCCCUACAAGGAGAGCUCCCACCACCCCCUCCAGCGCCAGCUGAGCGCCGACGCCGCCGUGGCCCGCAAGACCUGCAGCGUGUCGUCCAGCGGCUCCAUCAAGAGCGCCAAGGUCUUCAGCCUGGACGUGCCCGACCACCCGGCUGCCGCGGGGCUGGCCAAGGGCGACUCCAAGUACAUCGAGAAGGGCAGCCCCCUCAACAGCCCGCUGGACCGGCUGCCGCUGGUGCCGGCGGGCGGCGGCGGCGGCGUGCACCACCUGGAGGUGCAGCCCGCCUACCACUGCAGCGAGCACCGGCACAGCUUCCCCGCCCUGUACUACGAGGACGGCGCCGACAGCCUGAGCCAGCGCGCGUCCCUCCUCAAGCCGCUGACCCGCUCCAAGCGGGACUCCACCUACUCGCAGCUCUCGCCCAGACACUACUACUCAGGUUACUCGUCCAGCCCUGAGUACUCAUCCGAGAGCACGCACAAGAUCUGGGAGCGCUUCCGGCCCUACAAGAAGCACCACCGGGAGGAGGUGUACAUGGCUGCCGGCCACGCCCUGCGCAAGAAGGUCCAGUUCGCCAAGGACGAGGACCUGCAUGACAUCCUCGAUUACUGGAAGGGGGUCUCGGCCCAGCAGAAGCUGUGA